AUGUCGACCCUGAAGAGGAAGGCCGGCACGCUGUCGUCCGGAGACAGUAAGAAGCCCAAACAGGACGGCAGCAUCAUGUCCUUCUUCGGCACCGCCCCGAAACCAGUGGCGGCGGCGGCAACCGCCGCCAAGGGUUCCACCGCAGGGAGCGGUGGCAGCGCCGACGCCACCGAGACGCCGGCUCCCAAGUUCGACAAGGAGAAGUGGGUCGCCGGGCUGACGGCCGAGCAGAAGGAGCUGCUGCAGCUCGAGAUCGAGACGCUGCACGAGAGCUGGCUGGCGUACCUCAAGGACGAGAUCACGACCAAGGAGUUCCUCGACCUCAAGAGGUUCCUGAACAGAGAGACGGAUGCCGGAAGGAAGUGGUUUCCUCCCAAGGAGGACGUCUACUCCUGGUCCCGCCACACCCCCUUCAACACCGUCAAGGUCGUCGUCGUCGGCCAGGACCCCUACCACAACCACAACCAGGCCCACGGCCUCGCCUUCUCCGUCCGGCCCCCGACCCCGGCGCCGCCCUCCCUCAAGAACAUGUACAUCGCCCUCAAGAAGGACUACCCGACCUUCGCCCCGCCCCCCAAGAACGGCGGCCUCCUCACGCCCUGGGCCGACCGCGGCGUGCUCCUCCUCAACACGUGCCUGACGGUGCGCGCCCACGAGGCCAACUCGCACUCGAACCGCGGCUGGGAGCGCUUCACGCAGAAGGUCAUCGACCUCGUCGCCGCCAAGCGCACCCGCGGCGUCGUCUUCGUCGCCUGGGGCACCCCCGCCGGCAAGCGCGUCGUCAAGGUCGACCAGAAGAAGCACCUCGUCCUCAAGAGCGUCCACCCCAGCCCGCUGAGCGCGUCCAGGGGCUUCUUCGACUGCGGCCACUUCCGCAAGGCCAACGACUGGCUCGUCUCCCGGUACGGCGCUGGCGCCGAGAUCGAUUGGGACCUGAGCGGGGCGAAGAAGGUCGAGGCCGCCGUCGUCGAGACCAAGGCUGUCGUGACCGGCGAGGAUGCCAAGGAGAACGUUGAGACCAAGGCCCUGGCUGAGGUCAAGACUUUGCCGCUGGAGGAUGAGGAGGACGAAGAGGAGGAGUAA